AUGAAGAUGGACGUUUACAGUGUCUUUAGCUCCAGUGCAGCCCGGAGAGACUGCUCUCGCCUCGAUCUAGAUCUCAAGUCUAUCCGACGGAUCAGCUCCAGAGCCACUGACCGGCCACCAUCCGAGCGUACGCCAUCUCCAAGUCAGAGAUUGCCUCAUAUCGGCAUUGUCGGUGCUGGCAUCGCUGGUCUCCGCUGUGCUGACAUUCUUCUGCAGCAUGGUUUCCGCGUGACUAUGCUUGAGGGCCGCCACCGGCUGGGUGGCCGGCUACACCAGGCCAGGCUGCAACCCAGUCUGUCUUCCAACGACGACAACGAAGAAACGGAGGGUCCACUUGUCGAUAUGGGUCCCAACUGGAUCCACGGUACCAAGGACAACCCGAUCCUGGACCUGGUCCGCGCCACCGAGACCGUUACUAGCAGUCACGACGUGGACGAGGAGGGGAACGAUCUUGGGGGCGCCGUCUUUGAUGUCGAGGGUACCAUUCUGCCGCUGGAUGAGGGCGAGGCACUGUCGACCAUCAUGUGGACGAUUGUCGAAGAGGCGUUUGUGCAUUCCAAUACCAACUGCAGCACCAUCGAUCCAGGCGAGAGCCUGUAUGACUUUUUCGUUCAACGGCUCGAUGCUCAUGUCACACCCGCAGGCGCGGACGCCACAGAAGCCGAGAGGGAGGCGAUUUCACGCAAGCGGAAGCUCGUGCUGCAAAUGGCCGACUUUUGGGGUGCCUUUGUCGGCAGCCCCGUCGGCCGGCAAAGUCUCAAAUACUACUGGCUGGAGGAGUGUAUCGAAGGAGAAAAUCUCUUCUGCGCUGGCACGUACAAGAGAGUCUUUGACCGGCUGAUCGAGCCAGUCGUUGAAGGCGCCACUAUCCACUACGGGAAGACUGUAUCGCGCAUCGUGAGCACCCAGGAUACCCCAAACCACGUACCAGAUACGCUCCCAAGCUCCAGCGUCACCGUUGUCACUACGGCGGGCGAAACGUAUUCUUUUGACGAGGUCGUGUGCACGAUGCCUCUCGGGUGGUUAAAGAAGAACGCAGCUUCCGCAUUUGAGCCUCCAAUUCCUUCCCGAGUCAGCGAGGCCAUUGCCAGCAUCGGCUAUGGCUCUCUCGAAAAGGUAUACAUAUCGUUCCCCGAGGCCUUUUGGCAGCGCCCCGACCCCGCCACGGGCCGCUCGGUGCGCGGCUUCUGCCAGUGGUUGGCACCGGGCGUCUAUGCACAGCCAUCCAACCCGGAGCACUGGUCGCUCGAGGCAUUUGACAUGGCCGCACUGCCCAAAUCUGCCGCCCAUCCGACGUUGCUGUUCUACACGUACGGUGAGCAGUCUGUGCACAUUAUGGACACGCUGGCCUCUCUGCGGGACGAGGAUGGCAGCAAGUCGACCGCGGCUAAUGAGCCCAGCGAGAUGCGCCGCCCCAACACAAAGCAGACGGCAUUUUUGCUCAACUACUUUCGCCCCUACUUUGGCACCAUGCCGCACUACGACCCGGCGUCGCCAGCCUGCCAGCCAACCGGCAUCAUCGCUACCAACUGGCUGCACGACGACCUUGCCGGUAACGGCAGCUAUAGCAACUUCCAGGUCGGCCUCGUCCGCGGCGACGAAGACAUUCGUGUGAUGCGUGAGGGUCUGCCGGGCCGCGGCGUUUGGCUUGCCGGCGAGCACACGUCGCCGUUUGUCGCUCUAGGUACGGCAACGGGUGCCUAUUGGAGCGGCGAAUCAGUGGGGCGACGCAUUGCGGAGGCGUACGGACUGGAGCAGGAAGGUGCCGCGGCAAUGGGUGCCGCGGUGGCCGACGAGACACAUAUUCCUCUGUCUUCUGUCCAAGAACCAGUUGCGCUCCGUUGA